UAGAUUUUUAUAACCAGUUGGGUCUGUGACACUGAACGCUCUUUUCUGUCUUGAUGACUUUCCACCUGAUCAAGGAACAUAGACUGUAUUUUACAAAAUGAAAUAAAACAGAGGUUAGGAUAUGUUCUGACAUUCUUUUUCUCUUAGUUCUGUGACCAAAUGGCUUGAUUCUGAUCUCACUCCAGUUUUACACUGGUGUAUCUCUAGUGAAUUCAGUAGAACCUGUGUCAGCAAACCUUCAUUCAAAUUAUGAGCGGCUGUUCGACCGUGUUCCUGUCCUUUAUUAUGAAUUAUUUGUUAAUAGGUUUUUUCAUACAAAUUUUUGGGGGUUGGCUGUUCCUCAUACAAACAUCUGUAUUUACAUGCAUACAAAAUUAUCCAUCAUUUUUUGUGAUUUAUAAUUCAUUAUUCUGUUUUAAAACUUUCAAUCAUCCAAUCAGGGAGCUGAAGCAAUACCAUGUCACAGAGGUGACCAAUCACACAGCCCAAUUAACAAAUGACUAGCAAAUAUUGAAGGUGAUCAGUACUCAAGUAACCCAUUGGUUCAAAGUUGUUCAUCCAAAGUAUUUGAUGAAUAGUUACAAAUAACAAAUACAUUUGCAGAAAUCUGAAUUGGUUCAUGACUGAUUCAUUUAAAAAAGGGGAAUAACUUCAUCAGAUCAUUUAUUCAUAAUGAAUAAUUCAACUAGCUCUAAUAUAUUUAAGAGCACUAUUUAAUGAUUUCCAUACCAAUACUCUAUAAAUCUGACAAAAACAUGAACAAGGGGAAAGAUACAGUAUUUACUGAAAAAGUUGAAAGGCUGGUGCUGAGGUUGUUUGAUGAGACGGCGAAUUGAAAGCUUUUAUCAAGUUCAAAUGUAGCCCCUAGCAUUUCUUAUGCAUGAAACAACUAAAAAUCAUCCCACAGAGGAGAAUUGCCAAAGCUUAUAUAAUCAGAUUGUACCCUUCUCCACCCUCCAAAAAGCAGCAAGCAAAAUGGGAAUCAAAUUAUAGAAAUUUUAAGUAUGUAACUUUCAAGAUCAAAGUGCUUGCAAGGAAAUCUUGAAACUUAUUCAGCACGGGGUGUGGUUUCGUUUCUCCAGCCCCUGUCAUCUGCCCAACCUUGGCGGUAGUUCAAAGAAAAGAAAAGAGAAAAAAAAAGAGGGAAGAAAUAUGUUCCAUAUGAGGACAAUAUAAAGUUCCACUGGGGAGCUGUGAUCUGAGCACAAGUAUUAUUUCUGGCUGGGUAACAACUCCUCUUGGGCUUCCAACCACGCUCUUCAUUCUUUGGCCAUCAGAGGCUUACCUUCCCUAUGAUAUUGCACUUGUUAUAAUGCUUCAGGUGAAGAUCAGCAAUUGACCAGCAUUCUUUAAGUCAGGAGGAGGCAGUCACUAUGAAGAUCCCAGGGGCGUUGGUGGCUUUGUUGCUCCUGGGGGAAGCGGUGUCUCAAAGCAAACGUAAUUCCAAAGCUCACGUGAAGACUCCUGCCCAGAAUCGAAAGGGCCCUAAUCCAAGUGGGGAACUGGAGCACACUGCUGCUGAGGAAGAUGUCUUUGUGGGAGUUCUUCCUCCUAUGGAAGAUGCCUUGGCAUCACAGCUCAGAAGUGCCUCACUCACUCCUUGGCAUGCUCAGAAGGCACCUGAGGACAUGAAACUUUUCUUUCUGAAGAACCCCCUGGUCACCUGCAAUUAUGGGACAACAGCUGGGUAUUACUUAAGGGAGCACAAAGGGAGCAAGAGAUGGAUCAUAUUCUUAGAAGGUGGCUGGUGCUGUUAUAAUAAAGAAACAUGUGAUACCAGAUAUAAAAAUAUCCGUCGCUUAAUGAGCUCAUCUGAUUGGCCUCAAACAAAGAAAGGGACAGGCAUUUUGUCUUCCCAGAUGGAGGAGAGCCCUCACUGGUGGAACACCAAUGCAGUGUUUGUGCCUUACUGCUCGAGUGAUAUCUGGAGUGGAACUUUGCCCAAGUCACAGCAAGCAGACUAUGCCUUCAUGGGAUCGCUAAUUAUCCAGGAGGUGAUUAAAGACCUGGUUCCUAAGGGAAUUAAGCAAGCUGAAGUGGUCCUGCUUGCUGGGGAAAGUGCUGGUGGGACUGGUGUGCUACUGAACCUGGAGAGGGUGGCAGCCCUUCUGGAGGAGCUGGAAGCUGAGGCAGUCCAGGUCAGAGGACUUGUUGACUCUGGCUGGUUCCUGGACAUUAAACAUCCAAGACAAUCUAACUGUUCAGAUGCUGCCUCUAGUGCUUCAGUGGGUGCAAUCAAGAAAGGACUCAGGAUGUGGAAUGGAAUCCUUCCAGAAAAAUGUAAACAGCAGUUCAAUAGAGUUAACAAGUGGCAGUGCUUCCUUGGAUAUAGAUUGUAUUCAUCCUUGCAAUCUCCAGUUUUUGUGGUUCAGUGGCUGUUUGAUGAGGAACAGCUGAAAUUAGAAAAUAUCCAUCUUGGAAGUCAGUUCCUAACGGAAAAUCAAUGGAACUACCUACAAAACCUUGGGCGAGAACUUAGGAACUCAUUACGUGUUGUCCCAGCUGUGUUUGCCCCUGCAUGUCUGUCUCACACGCUGAUUACAAAAAGUUACUGGCUGGAAUUUCAAGUGAAGGGCAUUUCUUUGGCCAGAGCCUUGCAGUGCUGGGAGAAGAGCCUUCAAGACCGCAAUAAAGCCCCAAAGAUCCCCAUGAGAAGUUGUCCCUUCCAUAUGAUUGAUAACUGUCCAUGGCCCCAUUGCAACCCCACCUGCUCAGUUCUGCAUGACCACGGCACAGGCCAAGAAGUGAACUUCAUGCAGACUUUAUUCAAGAUGAGGCUUGAUGUCCACAGGAAAGCUCAGGAGCUCAAAUCAGGCCCCAGUCAACUGGCAAUGCUCAGUAAUGGUGGCUAAUGCAUAAUCCAUGUGGGUUAAUUGUAGCUUAGUGUCAAACAAUGCUGAGGUUGAGCAAAAGUCAAGGGUUUCCGUAGAGUUUAGGCACAUAUUGGGAUGUUAUGGUUGUAAUGACUGAUGUUUAUGUCAAUCUUACCUUGUACUGCCGCUGUUUCAAUCAGGUGAACUCACAGCCUCACUUGUACUCCACUGCAUUUGACAUAAGUCGCAGUACUGUUUGGAGGGUGCUACACAUUUUAGGGAUUUUUUUUGAGGGGUGGGCCAAACAAAGAUGAUUGUUCAACAAUCUUCAUUCACCUCCCUUUACACUUUGACUGAAUACCACCAGAUUACUGGGGGAUUAGCUGAGUGGAGUCUUCAUUUUGCAUGGUAACCUACAAAAGUCUGAUUUCCUGUUUUCAUUUUAGCUCCAUUUGCUGCUGCUGAGACUAUUAAUAAAAUGAGGCAUAUGAA